AUGGGCACCGCACUAAAUGCAGCAACCGGUGAACUUGUGUGGAGUCAAUCGGUAAGCGACACCAAAGGAGAAGCUCUAGGGGUAGCGUUGGACCCUGCCGGUGGCAUGGUUUUCAUGGCAGGGAGCAUGUCUGAACCGGACGAGGAGCCAGACCUUUACAUAGCGGCCUUCGAGAUCGCUACGGGACAGGUCGUAUGGACCUGGACGCACGGCACCAUCUACAGCGACGUCCUGACCGACAUCGCUUUCGACGAAGAGAACGGCGUGCUCUACGCCUGCGGCUACACCCGGGGGGACUUCUCCUACGCCCUUGACGCGGACCCCGCGCCGGAGGUCAAGCUGCAGGACAUGGUCGUCUUGGCUUUCGACCCAUCGACCCAGGAAACCAUCUGGCUCAAGACCUAUACCUCGGGCCCGCUCGUGGAUCGCGAGGACUUCGCCUUCACCAUCACCUUCGACAGAAACGGCGUGCUUCACGUAGGCGGAGCCACCCGAGGGACAGGUUUCGACACGGACGGAUCAGCGGGAGAAGACGACCCUGACACUAAACCGAGGUUGCUCAGGUUUGUCUUCGUGUCCAUGUCCCUCGACGCCUCCGACGGAGAAACCCUGGUUUCCUACCAGUCGCUCAACUACAGGACGUCGCGUCUGUUGUCUAGCGUCAUGGUGCCCGACACGACCGAGGGGGACCUCUACAUGGGGGGUCACGACGGGGACACGUUUUUCGGGAUGGUCUACCGCAGGGAACGGCCGACGCUGCCGCCGACCCCGGUGCCGACCGCCGCUCCGACGCCUGUCCCGUCUCCGGCGCCGUCUCUUGCGCCGACUCCUUCCCCAACCACGGCACCGACAACAGCUCCCGUGGAUGCAACCCCAGGGCGUUUGAGGACACUUCUACCAACGCCAUUUUCUUGUGAGGCCCCUCUACAACGAGCGCAGCAACUGUUUUUCUUGCACCACACAACUUACCCUUUUCCUCUUCCGACGUCGUUCGCUCCCUUCACACCGCCGGCCAAACGCAGCGCCAACAGUGGCUCCCUUUACCCCGGCACCCACUGCAGCACCUUUCACUCCAACACCAACCGCCACCCCUACUACCCUGGCACCCACUGCAGUGCCUGUUACACCAGCGCCAACCACAGCUCCUUCCCCAGCACCCACUGCAUCCCCCUCUACCCUUGCACCCACUGCACCCCCCUCUACCCUAGCACCAACUGCAACACCCAUUACUCCAGCGCCAACCGCAGCCCCUUCUACCCCAGCACCAACUUUAUCGCCUUCUUCCCCGCCACCCACCGCGGCCCCGUCUACCCCAUCACCCACUACAUCACCCGUUACUCCAGCGCCAACCGCAGCUCCUUCAACCCUAGCACCAACUUCAGCGCCUUCUACCCCGCCACCCACCGCGGCCCCGUCUACCCGAACACCCACUGCAGCCCCUUUGACCCCAGCACCCAGUACUCCGGCGCCAACCGCAGCUCCUGCCACUCCAGCACCCACCACCUCGCCUGUUACUCCAGCGCCAACCGCAGCUCCUUCGACCCUAGCACCAACUUCAGCGCCUUCUACCCCGCCACCCACCGCGGCCCCGUCUACCCGAACACCCACUGCAGCCCCUUGGACCCCAGCACCCAGUACUCCGGCGCCAACCGCAGCUCCUUCGACCCUAGCACCAACUUCAGCGCCUUCUACCCCGCCACCCACCGCGGCCCCGUCUACCCGAACACCCACUGCAGCCCCUUGGACCCCAGCACCCAGUACUCCGGCGCCAACCGCAGCUCCUGCCACCCCAGCACCCACUACAUCGCCCGUUACUCCAGCGCCAACCGCAGUUCCUUCGACCCCUGCAUCCACUGCGGCACCGGCACCAACGACGGCUCCUGCUACUCCAGUACCGACAGCGGCGCCGGUUCGUCUGACGUUCCCCCCGACAUCUGCUCCCGUUCUGACGCCUUCUCCCACGACAAGGUCACCCACACCGUCGCCCGUCGCGCCGGCCCCCACCCCCUCUCCAGCCACAGCACCUCCGACAACGGCACCCACUACACCACCCUCUCCGGCUCCCGUGCCCCCGUCCCCUGCCUUGACGCCGACACCGACAUCGCCAGAUACCCCGGCACCUACAGGCCCGCCGACUUUUCCCCCUUCCGACGCCACGGUUCCCCCUACAACGCCAGGUCUCCCACCACCAACAGUGCCCCCUUCCGCUGCCACGGCCCCCCCGACGACGUCAGCUUCGCCACCAAGGCCUACUCCCACGCCCUCCUUCGCGGACCCCCCGACGCCGUCACCCACUCGUCGAGCGAACAUUGCCGGGAUCGACGCCGGGGCCGGCGAUGA